AACAAUCAACUAAAUGGGAAUCAUAUUUUCCAAAUGAAAUAUAUGCGGAUUUUAUGAAACUUAUUAUUGAUAAUAAUCUUUCAAAUACUGUUGGUGAUGCUAUAAUUAAAAUUUUCAAUAACCAUACAAAUAGAAUAGAUGAACCACUUCUAUCAUCAACACAACAAGAAAAAUAUCAAAUAGCAACAAAACAAAUUUUUCAUCAAGCAAUUGCAAAAAUUCUUAAACCAUUAUAUUCACAAUAUGAAAAAGAAGCAAAUAUGUGUUGCUUAACAUAUUCUUCAUCACAAUCACAAUGGCCUU